CAUGAGUUUGGCAGUCGUAAGAGUAAAGCAUCGAUCAAUGAGGACGGGUUUUAGCAUAUAAUUACGGAAACCGGAAAGAAGUACCGGAAAGGGUUUGAGCCGACGACGGCGAGCCGAAAAGAUUGAGUAUUUGAGUCGCAGCCGAUCAGCUGUAGACUUUGUCAACGGCUAAUAUGUAACCCCUUAGGGCGCACCACGUUAUAGAAGACGACGAUAAUGGUGACUCCGUACGGAAUCAAGUUCGCGGUCCACAUAGUUACUUCACAUUUCGGCAACCUAGUCGCUAAAGUGUGUGAAAAUCUUCUAAAAAGAGGACCCCUAACACUCCAACAACUAGUUCGUUUCACGGAGCUCACUUCUGUGCAAGUUAAGAACUCCCUCCUCAUCCUUAUCCAGCACAAUUGCGUUCAAGCUUUCUCUGCUGAGCAACCCGAUGAUAUUGUAAACGGGCAAAUACAGACCCAAUACUUGGCAUUGUUCGAUAACAUACUCCAUCGCUUGAGGUUUCCCAAAUUCUUGGAGAUGGUAUCCCAGGAGCUGGAUAAAGAUUGCGAACAACUUCUUGAGGGUUUGCUUCAGCAUGGUAGGCUUACUCAGGAACAAAUGUAUGAAAGAGCCAAGUCAUUUAAAAGUGGAGUUCAGAAUGAUGCGCGGGAAAGUUUUCAGAAACUUGUGACUGCACGGUUUAUUGAACAAUGCCCAGCCCCUGAACCAUUUGUUGCCGAACCAUCUCCAGAUGAAACACCUGCAAAGAAGCGAGGUGCUAAAUCUGCUAAGGUGGUUGAAGUACGAAAGACAUUAGAGCAAUGUGUCUUAGAAGCAGCAGCGCCUAUGGAAGCUUUGAGGUUUUCAAUUAUGACAAAUCUUGAGGCUGAAAAUGACACUGAAAUGAGCAAGGAUAGUUCUCCAAUCAUGCAUGCUGGAGAGAAGCGCAAAAGUGAUACGUUGGAGUUGGAUGGGGAAUUUGCGUCUGACAACAAGGAAGUAACUCUUUGGCGUGCGAAUUUUGAGGAAUUCAUUCGUUGCCUGAGGCAUAAGGCUUGUGUGGAAAAUGUGAGAGCACGACUGGAUGAUGGAGCUGCAAUUGUCUUAAGGGCAUUGUUAAAAGCAACUAGAGCUGCAGAGAAUAAAGUGAAAAUGGAAAAUUCAGCUUCCCUGUCACUUAAUUCCAUUUUUGAGGAGGUGAUGAAGAGUGAAGCCGGUCGGAGCAUGACGUUGGAUCGUGUUAGAGCUUCCCUUGUCCAAUUGGGUUGUCCAUCCUCCAUGGCGAUAGAUGAGUUAUAUAGUGUUGAUUUGAAGAACAAUAUCGAACUUGCCCGGAAUGAUGAGGUGGAAUCAAUUGUGUUGAAAAGACAUGGGAAGGAUGCUUACAGAAUGUUUAGGCUACUGUCAAAGGCUGGCCGCCUACUUGAGACUGAUAAAAUUUCAGAUAUGACAUUGGUUGAAAAGAAGGAUACUCCCAAGAUUCUAUACAAGCUAUGGCAGGAUGACUACUUGUAUAUGGAGAAAGUAACAGUAACAGUGCCUAGGCAAUUGAAUUUCUUGUUGUGGAAAGUGAAUAAGACAAUUCUAUAUGAACGUGUUUUAGAUGAGAUGUACCAUGCUGCCUUGAAUUUGAGCCUACGAACAGCUUAUGAGAUGGAUCAACAAAAAGAGGUAUUGGCCGUUCCACUGGCAAAACGUACGGGGCCAUUGGAGAAACAAUGUGAACGGAUAAAGAAAGUGAAGAUAUACCUAGAAUCAUCUCUUAUGAAACUUGAUGAUGCUAUUAUGCUCUUCCAUGAUUUUUGAUUUUUCUUUUUCUUUUUUCUUUUUUUUUCUCUUUUUUUUUUUUUAUUAUGUGCAUUCUGUAGAUUACUCAAUUUAUUUAAUUUGAAGAUGUCGCAACUCUUUGAGCUA